AUGCCGGAUGCAGCGCUCGAGCCGUUCUCCCUCAUCACCACCACAUCUACGGACGUCUCCUGGGCAGCUGACGGUCGUGCAGCUGGCCCAGCCAGUCAUAAGUUCCGGCUAAAUGGGGGCGACAGGGGUGUCCCCGGUAGCUUCAAUGCCCGCGCCCCAACGGGAAAAACUCAAGUUCAGAUUGAAACGAAGAGGUGUAUGCCUGGUGACAAGGGGCUUUGGGCGAGGUUUGAUGCGUCCGCGACUAUAAUCAGUCUCGUGCAGCGAAGCAAACAGGGGUUGCGGGGGGAAGGGGGAGGAGAAGAAGGGUUUGGAACCAAGGAAUUCGGGCUUCGUAGAUCUUCCCCUUUCGGCUUCAGGUAUAGCGCCGUGGCUAGUGUCUAG